AUGGCUACGCGCUUUGCCUUUCUGCCCCUCCUUGGCUUGGUGCUGGCGGAUCGGGCAGAGCAAGCAAGGCCGGGGAAGUCGGUGCUGCUGCUGCAGCGCGGCGCCUGGAGCUCCGUGACGCUGCAGGACGACUCGGGCCCAGCCCACUUUGCAAAUUGCUCAAGAGAACCCUGCCUUGGUUUGGCUCUGCCCAGCCAAAGCGGAGAAGGGAAGCGAGCGCUUCUCGCCGUGGGGCACGCGGCCAAUCUCUCGGCGAACUCCUCGCAGCCUCUGGGCGAGCCGCUGGAUGCCGAGGAGCUGGACGACUUCGACAGCGAGGAGGACGAGAAGCGCUGGAGCAGGCUGCUCCCUUUGGAACUUCAUUUGGGAGGAGUGACGAUUGCAGGUCUGCUGGAUAAGUACUCCGAUGAUGGGCCUGCCCUGAUGGGUUCUGGGGAAGGGCGAUCAAGCUUUAGAUCCGUGGCUUCGCUGCUGAUCGUGUUCCAGAAGGAGCUGGCACAGGCCUGCAACCUCAGCAAGAAUUACAUCUUGAUGAAUGCACUCUUUGGGCGCUUCCUGCACGAAAGCUCAAGCGCGAUAUUGAAGUCAACAAGUAGCAUGUACCCCAUGGAUUCGGUACAGGGACGUGCGAGCCUGAUGAGCACUGUGGUUCCUUUCAACGAGCGCCUGGGAGAGGAGGUGGUCGUGCGCUUCUUUGUGUACCCACGCAGUCAGGGGGACGAUUUCGCGUCACUGGUCACUACAUUGCAGGAUGCGCUUAGCAACAGCAGCAGCUCUUUGAUGACGGGCAACCUCUCAGAAAUCCUGCAGCAUGCAUCACUGACCACCGGGUACCAG